AUGAUUUCUUAUGCUCCAACAAUUAUCUCUUCAUCACUGAAAUAUAUAACUAUUAAGAAUAGUGAACUUAGAUGGAGUAAAUUAAAUCGAUUAUUCCAAUGUACGCCUCGACUUGAAUAUCUUUCGACAACUGUGACAUCUGUUAUUGAUGAUAAUUACAUAUCAUCUUCACUUUCAACAUUAACUAAAUGGAAUCUUGAAACUUUUUCAAAGUUUAAUACUUCAAAUACCAAUGUCUUCUUUCAAAACAUGUCUAAUUUAUGUUAUUUAAAAGUCAUAUUACACUUUCAAUUGAUUGAUGGUCAUCAAUGGAAACAAAUUAUUCGAAAUUACUUACCUAAAUUAAAAAUAUUUCGACUUAAAACGAAUAAAACAAUUCGGCUUGAUGAUAAUAUCGAAGAACGUGCGAAUGCCUUAAUCAAUUCAUUUCGGGAUUCAUUUUGGAUUGAUGAACAUAAAUGGUUUGUUCGGUGUUUAAUUUUGUCAAGAUUUCUUCGGCUCUUUACACAUAGUUAUCGAUUGAAAUACUAUGAAACUCGUUGUGAUUCAUGGAAAUCGACAUGUCCAUACGAUGAUUAUCAAAAGUUUCAAUAUGACAUGGUCAGAACCUGUUUUCAUGAAUUUCUUGAGAAAUUUGCUUUGUCUCAUAUUCAUUUACCUAACAUUAAGUAUCUUGAUAUAAAAUUUCCUAUCAACGAUCAAUUUUGGUCUAAUAUUCCAAGUUUAAAUCGAUUGGACUUACUUAGAAUAUCAUCUCAUGCUGAUACUUUUCAAUCUCAAUUACAAGCUUUAUUAAAUCGCGCACCUCAUCUAAGAAGACUUCAUAUCAGUCAAGAUGCAUCAUUACCUUUACAAAGAUCAUUAUUCAUAUAUACACAUAGAUCGAUUUUCCUAUUGGAUUUACACGAAUGUUAUCAUUAUUUUAAUGAAGAAGAGUGCCUUACAUUGAGUCGUUCUCCUCUUGGUAUUCAAUGUGAAGCUCUUUUUAUUCAACUUAAUAAUCGUCAAAGUAUAAUUAGCCUUGUCAGAAAUAUGAUCAAUCUUCGAGCAUUAAAUAUUUAUUGGAAUGAUGACAAAGUUUUUCAACAUUCACAACAAACAAAUAAUAAUGAUAGAAAUCAGAAUGAAAAAAAACAAGUUUUAGAUGAACUUGUUCAAUGGUUAAAAGAUGAGUUACCAUCGACGUAUUUGAUCAGUGCUGAUCCUCAUUACACUCAUGAUAUUUCAAUAUGGAUUUAA